AUGACGCGUGCCGCCGAGGCCCACGCCGAUGCCCAUGUCGACGCCGCCUCCGCCGCCGAGGACGCCGCCAACAACCGUGUCGCCUCCGCCGCCGAGCAUGAGCUCAAGAUGCUGCGCGAGGCAAAGACACAAAAGCUUACCGAGGAGGUAGAGGCACCUAAGCUUAUUGAGGAGGCGGAGGCAAAGGCACAUAAGGAGCGGGACCAUCAACAGGCUCGAGCCCUCCUUGUCACCCUACACAAGCUACAGGGCACCAUGGGUCCUCUAAUAGCCGUCCAAGUAUACAACAGUCACUUUUGUCCUCUUGUCAGUCGGCUUCGGGACGAGCUCCUCCUAUGUAUAUUCGACUUCUUGUGCGACGACGUUGUUGCGCUACAUUGCCUCCGGUCAGUCUCAAGGACAUUCCGUCGUAUUCUCAACCGUAGAUCGAUCAUUUGGAGAGAUGAGUGGUAUCGUCCCUGCUCAUCGCCUAUCAGCGGCGACGCUUUCUAUCUCCGCGAUAUUUACAGCCAACGGUUUCGAAGACUCCUACAGAGAGACGGCCGCUGCAAUGAUUGCAGGCGCUGGAAUGACGCCCAUUCUUCUCUAUUCUCCGAAGACUGCAAGUUGAGCCAUAGUGACGGUCAAUGGACGUCAGCGAAUUUUGCCCCCAUCAACUGCUUCAACAUCACCUGGGCUAAUAUCGAGGCCCAUAUGGAGAAAUGGCGACAGAGCUUCGAAGGACCCUUGUGGGACUGGCAAGGCAUCCGAGACCAGUGGCAACGCUGCUUCGACAAUUUCAACAUUAAGUGUCACGAUCCCAGCAACGAUACGUGCUGCACGACCUCAGAAGCGCCGACCUGGCCGCAAGCCCGUCUCAAAAUGAGCACCUUCAAGUCGGAUUUUUUUGUAGUUCUCAAUCUACAAUGGCGACCCCACAGCCGCAUCGAUGCGCUCGCUCUUACUGCAGACGGUUGA